ACCAAAAACCUUCCUGCUUCACUCCAUCGCCACUCCAAGAUCUCCCAAUCAUCACGCCAUGGCCAGCAUGGUCACCACCAUGGCUGCCAUAGCCGCUUUCCCGGCUCCAAGAAGCCUCCAGCAGGCCCCGGCCCCGCCGCAGCUCCGCCCGAACGCCGUGUCGUUCGUCGCCCGGCCAGUUCGCGCGCACCGCCGGCUGGUGGCCGUGGCGGCCAGCUCGCCGGCCACGCCGCCGGACCUCGCCAACAAGGUGUCCGAGAGCAUCAAGCAGGCGCAGGAGACGUGCGCGGACGACCCGGUGAGCGGCGAGUGCGUGGCGGCGUGGGACGAGGUGGAGGAGCUCAGCGCGGCCGCCAGCCACGCGCGGGACCGGCAGAAGGGCGCCGACCCGCUCGAGGAGUACUGCAAGGACAACCCCGAGACCGACGAGUGCCGCAUGUAUGAGGAUUGAGCCCAUCCUGGCUGCCGCCAUCGCUGUCACGCGAUCUAGCUAAGCUAGCUUAGUUGGAGUGGCAUGAUGGCAACAUGUAGACAUGCGUGCAUGUAUGAUGGAUCGGACCUGCUCCUUCGUCUCCUUGGGCGUUUGAGUUUGGUUUCUUCGUUUAAUCUGGCUUGGUUUACAAUAAAGCGAGGUGUGCCUAUUGGUUUGUUGUUUACAAGAAAUAUUUAGGAGCUCCUACUGUAAUCCCAAGGCAAGAUGUAAUCAUUAGGAAUAUGUUUGCUAGUGUGCUUCUGGAACAUGAUUUUACUAGUAUG